AUGAUUUUAAAAAGUGCAUUUCUUUUUUUGAUUUUGUCGAGUGUUUCAACUGCGUCGAACGGUCCCGCAAUUGCAUUUGACUUUGCAAAUAAGAACAUAACUUCAUUGGACGGUAGAUUUUACGAGACUUCAAAAUUAACAUUUAUACACGCGCCUUAUAACAAAAUUUCAAAGGUUGACAGCAGCUUAUUUGCUGGAUUACCAAAUUUAUAUUCUUUGGACUUAACUGCGAAUCCCAUCGAUUGGUUAAAUUUGAAUUUGACCAAUCUUGGGAGACUUGUCUUGGACGGUGCGCUGCGUAAUUUUAGUGAAUCUUUUGGAAAAAUGCAGCUAUCUAUUGGAGCCAAACCAGGUGUCGGCGUAUCAACAGUAUUGUAUCUGCCAACACUAAGAGAAUUGUAUCUUCGUUAUAAUAGAAUCACUCAAAUCGACGGAUUGACCGAAGAGACUGUGCCGAACCUCGUUUAUCUUGAUCUAAGUUACAAUGAUAUUGAAUACCUGGAUUUUCUCGACAAGUUGCCGAAGUCAAUCGCUCAUUUGUGUCUUAAUAACAACAAAAUAUUGAAAUUUGUGCACGAAAGAAUGCCGGUUAAAUCAUUAGGGUUGUAUGCAGUUGCAGAAACAGUCAUAGAAAAAUAUGAUUUCAAUCACUUGGAAAAUCUUCAAUAUCUGGAUAUCUCCCGUAAUAAAAUUGAAAAAAUUGAAGAUGGUACUUUCAAAAAUUUAUCAAAGUUGAUAACUCUUUAUUUGAACAACAAUUAUUUAUCCAGCCUGCCCGACUUUUCUGGUCUAACACACAUUAAGAAGUUGGAUCUCUCUAACAACUAUUUAAGUCCUAUUUCUGCCACAGCGUUCGAUUAUUUACCUACGUUGGAGGAAUUGAAUACUUUUGGAAAUUCUGAUGAAUAUUAA